UAUGCCUGCUUUCAUCUUCGUCUCAGUUUUCAGUAUCCAUUUCUCCCUGCCCCUCGCCUCGCAUCUACGCAGCUGGCCGGCCCCGCUUGCAUCCCGCCAAAGCCCACAUGGCGCGUAAGAACAGCGACGAGGAAAAGUCGUCGUUCGGGGAUAGCGAUAGCCAUCACGCUCAGCUGCUCUACCGCUCGCUCGAGCAGUACAACGAAGAUCAGAAGCGGAGCAGACGGCCUUCUUUCGUCCUAGCCGCCCUCGUGUUUCUGUUCGUCUCGUCGUCGGCCGGCGUCGCCCUCUCCAUAAUAUUAAUGCUUCAACCGGCCGAGGUCCAAACCCCGUGCAUCGCCCGCGACCUGGUCUUGUUCGCGGCCGUCAUGUCUCUGCUGUACAUCUGUAUCCAUGUCAGGGGGGCGAGGAAAGAUUACAGGAGGAGAGGAACUGGCCCGCCCCAGAUCUACGGCCAAUAUCUGCAUGCCAGUGCACUUCUUGUCGCGAGACUGGGUAUUGCCGUGUGGGUCGCCGCUCUAGUCGCAACCGCCAUCGUGAUCUCUAAAGCAGCUCCCAUGGCGGGUUUGGCAAAAGUAGCGCCGUACCUGAACUUGGUGAUCUGCAUCGGAGCGCUACCUCCUUUUAUUCUUAUAUCCGCCACGAUCGAAAGAUACACCACCCCAUUCGCCACGACGGGGCUCUCGGCGGACUCGUUCUUGACCCGCCGUGUCAGCCAAUUCGGAGAUGAUGAGCUCACUCCCGAUCUUAGCGUUUCCCGCAGAGCCUCACUGCAGCGAAAGCAAAGCAACAGUGCUUCCAUAAUCACCUUGCCCUCGGCGGAGAUCUUCCAGUACGGGAUGUCCAAGCCACCAGAGACCUCGCGCAGAAUCCCCGAACCCGUCGUGACAGCAGCGGGGGAGUCGGCCAACGAUGAGGCCGAACUCAUGGCGAACUCACCCGUUGGGCCAACCUAUAACACACCUGUGGGCCCGAGAACUAUGCCGCCGCCGCCAGUGAUCCCGCCUAUUCCAAAGAUCCCCUUAUCGCUUUCGAAGUCCCCGCCCCAGCCCGUAUAUAAUCCCGGCGGGUGGCGGAAUGAAUGGGACCAUGGUCCUGAAAAGAUCGAGGUUAAAAGAAAUGCCAACAAGUCGCCAGACAACUCGAGCACAGGGCGGUCCACCGCCGAUUAUUCCUCCACCUAUUCAUCGACCAUGUCGGCAAAUUCUUCGCAAACGCCCAUGCGAGCAAACGCGCCCAGCGGAACAAGUAGCGUAUAUCGCGCGACACCAAGUACUAGCAUUGCGAGCAGUGCUCGCCGCUCCCGGUUAUCCACCGUCAGGUAUGCCUCGAAGCCAGAGAUUGCUGUGCGGCAAGAAAUCAGAGUCAUCAAGAACCCCCACUAUUCGCCGGCCAGGGGGAUCAGCCAAGACAAGAGUCGAGAGACGGUUAUGCCCCUUGAGCCAGCGGCCAUGCUGAGAGGUUCUCAGCAUGCCCAGAGGAGGGUAGCGCCACCGCUAAGACGUAAACAGUCGAAUUUUUCCCGGCCAAUACCCUCGUCGAAAAGCUCUAGAGCCGACUCGGCCGUCGACAUGACCGUUCCCAGAACAUCGAAUAACGAGAUUUCACGAGGAUGAGACGGCAAGAUACCAUUCGUAAAUGUAUAUUAUUGCUAUUACCCAAGAUAUCCG